AUGGCACAACAGCUGAUAAAGACCAGUAUGGAAGAUCAGUCGAUCGAAAGCCAAUUUCAGUACAGGAAAAGACCUGGUGAAUCGGAACUACUACUUAAACAUGUCAAGAAAAAGCGACCAAGCGACCGCAACAUGCCGCCUAGGAUAGAAACCUUGGUCCCAGAGUCGACGCUCUACAGGGAGCUUGCAGCAUUUGAUAAGAAAUUGGAUACGACAAUACUGAGGAAGCGGCUUGACGUACAAGAAGCUCUUGGGAAGCCUAACAAGACACGGCGAAUAUUGAGGAUUUUCGUAUCACACACAACUGCGCGUCCGAGGGAUCAAUCAACAGGAGAUGGAGAUUUUGAUGUCAUGGAUGGCAUCGUGGAAUCAUCAUGGACGCUCAAGAUUGAAGGCCGCCUUUUGGAUCCUCCUAUCCCAACCAAAAAAGCUCAGCCGGUCCAAAAGUUUACUUCAUUUUUCCGCACCAUAUGUGUAGAACUAAAUCGAGAAUCCGGAUCGUAUUCCGAAGAUGAUUUGGUUGAGUGGCGUAAACAACCGAAUGGGCCUGAGCAUGAUGGGGUAGAGAUCAGUCGACGAGGUCAAAGCAAUGUGAAUGUCCGAAUUGUCCUAGAUCCGGAUUACAUACCGCAAAAGUAUAGACUCAGCCCAAUGCUGUCCGAGAUACUGGAUAUGAAAUUAGAGACGAAGCCUCAAGUGAUCAUGGGUUUAUGGAAUUACAUCAAGGUUCAUGGUUUGCAGGAUACCGAAGAUAAGCACACAAUACAUUGCGAUGAACAAUUACAAAAGCUGUUCGAUAAAAGGCACAUUCACUUUUCAGAGAUACCCAUGCUGAUCGGUCAUCAUCUUGUACGGCCUGACCCAAUUGUCAUCAACUAUACUAUUACCAUGGAUACCGAUUCACGACAUUCUCUUGAAGCAUAUGAUCUGGAUGUUGAAUUGGACAGCAUUAUUCGUCAAAAAAUGAUUGCAUCUGUUGCGUCGACUCAAGCACAGAAAGAAGUACUGGCUCUCGAUGACAAAAUUGUUCAGUGUGUGCAAAACAUCAACAAUUCAAAAAGCAGACGCGAUUUUCUCCUACACUUUGCCCAGCAUCCUGUGAAUUUUAUCAACAAGUGGAUUGCUACACAGACUCGAGAUUUAGAGGCGGUUGUUGGUGACAGCAAAAUUGGUAUUGAGGAGAUGAGGCACGCUGAAUUUUACAAACAAGCUUGGGUGAAAGAGGCAGUAUUUCAUUACUUGACAACUAAGGUGCAACAGCGAAUGCAACAACUUUUGAAUACAAAAAGAAUGGAUAAAUAG